AGCCUCCGCUGUUUUUGAGUUGCAAAUGAUCAGAGACGGGUGAACUGCAGGCAGCCUGUGGUGUCGCCGGGAAGUAGAUUUCCAUCUUUCAGACAGUAGUUCCAAUGGGCCGGGUGUUCUGGAAGGGGGCGGCAGUGGGGAGGAGGAUGCUGUGAGCAGAGUUCUUGAAGCUCCGCUCCUCUGGGGAAGCCGAGCUGUGUGGGAGCCUUCUCACUGAGCGGGGAGCGUGUGAAUUGGAAAGGAUCCUGAGAGCUGGCUAGUCCCAGUUCCUCUCCGGAAAAGCAGUGGCUCUAGCUUCAGAGAUGCGCCCAGCUUUAGCCUGCAUCGCACUGCAUUCUUUAACACAUUAUUGAAACUGCAAACAUCCGAAGCGGUUUCGUGUGGACAGAUUGCAUAUUUUGACAGCCUGAGGUGUUUUAUCAUGAAACAUGCCAUGUGGAAUUUCUGAAGCACAGAGCUCUGCGUGACACCUGAAAAAAGAAUCCCUUACCUGGUAUGUGACAGAGCUUCUCACCACCACCAUGACAAACCAGGAAAAAUGGGCCCACCUCAGCCCUUCAGAGUUUUCCCAGCUUCAGAAAUAUGCUGAGUAUUCUACAAAGAAAUUAAAGGAUGUUCUUGAAGAAUUCCACGGUAAUGGUGUGCUUGCAAAGUAUAAUCCUGAAGGGAAACAAGACAUUCUUAACCAAACAAUAGAUUUUGAAGGUUUCAAACUUUUCAUGAAGACAUUCCUGGAAGCCGAGCCUCCCGAUGAUUUCACUGCACACCUUUUCAUGUCAUUUAGCAACAAGUUUCCUCAUUCUAGUCCAAUGGUAAAAAGUAAGCCUGCUCUUCUAUCCGGCGGUCUGAGAAUGAAUAAAGGUGCCGUCACUCCUCCCCGGACUUCUCCUGCAAAUGCGUGUUCCCCAGAAGUAAUCCACCUGAAGGACAUUGUCUGUUACCUGUCUCUGCUUGAAAGAGGAAGACCUGAGGAUAAACUUGAAUUUAUGUUUCGCCUUUAUGACACGGAUGGGAAUGGCUUUCUGGACAGCUCGGAGCUAGAAAAUAUCAUCAGUCAGAUGAUGCAUGUUGCAGAAUACCUUGAGUGGGAUGUCACUGAACUUAAUCCAAUUCUCCAUGAAAUGAUGGAAGAAAUAGACUAUGAUCAUGAUGGAACCGUGUCCCUGGAGGAAUGGAUUCAAGGAGGAAUGACAACAAUUCCACUUCUUGUGCUCCUGGGCUUGGAAAAUAACGUGAAGGAUGAUGGACAGCACGUGUGGCGACUGAAGCACUUUAACAAACCUGCCUAUUGCAACCUUUGCCUGAAUAUGCUGAUUGGCGUGGGGAAGCAGGGCCUCUGCUGUUCCUUCUGCAAGUACACAGUCCAUGAACGCUGUGUGGCUAGAGCACCUCCCUCUUGCAUCAAGACCUAUGUGAAGUCCAAAAAGAACACUGAUGUCAUGCACCAUUACUGGGUUGAAGGUAACUGCCCAACCAAGUGUGAUAAGUGCCACAAAACUGUUAAAUGUUACCAGGGCCUGACAGGACUGCAUUGUGUUUGGUGUCAGAUCACACUCCAUAAUAAAUGUGCUUCUCAUCUAAAACCUGAAUGUGACUGUGGACCUUUGAAGGACCACAUCUUACCACCCACAACAAUCUGUCCAGUGGUACUGACUCUGCCCACUUCAGGAGUUUCAGUUCCUGAGGACAGACAAUCAACAGUGAAGAAGGAAAAGAGUAGUUCCCAGCAGCCAAACAAAGUGAUCGACAAGAACAAAAUGCAGAGAGCCAACUCUGUUACCGUGGAUGGACAAGGCCUGCAGAUCACUCCGGUGCCUGGUACUCACCCACUUUUAGUUUUUGUGAACCCCAAAAGUGGUGGGAAACAAGGAGAACGAAUUUACAGAAAAUUCCAGUAUCUACUAAAUCCUCGUCAGGUUUACAGUCUUGCUGGAAAUGGACCAAUGCCAGGGUUAAACUUUUUCCGCGAUGUUCCUGACUUCAGAGUGUUAGCCUGUGGUGGAGAUGGAACCGUGGGCUGGGUUUUGGAUUGCAUAGAAAAGGCCAACGUAGGCAAGCAUCCUCCAGUUGCGAUCCUGCCUCUUGGGACUGGCAAUGAUCUAGCAAGAUGCCUGCGAUGGGGAGGAGGUUAUGAAGGUGAGAAUCUGAUGAAAAUUCUAAAAGACAUUGAAAACAGCACAGAAAUCAUGCUGGACAGGUGGAAGUUUGAAGUCAUACCUAAUGAUAAAGAUGAGAAGGGAGACCCAGUGCCUUACAGUAUCAUCAAUAAUUACUUUUCCAUUGGCGUGGAUGCCUCCAUUGCACACAGAUUCCACAUCAUGAGAGAAAAACACCCAGAGAAAUUCAACAGUAGAAUGAAGAACAAAUUUUGGUAUUUUGAGUUUGGCACAUCUGAAACUUUCUCAGCCACCUGCAAGAAGCUACAUGAAUCUGUAGAAAUAGAAUGUGAUGGAGUGCAGAUAGAUUUAAUAAACAUCUCUCUGGAAGGAAUUGCUAUUUUGAAUAUACCAAGCAUGCAUGGAGGAUCCAAUCUUUGGGGAGAGUCUAAGAAAAGACGAAGCCAUCGACGAAUAGAGAAAAAAGGGUCUGACAAAAGGACCACCCUCACAGAUGCCAAAGAGUUGAAGUUUGCAAGUCAAGAUCUGAGCGACCAGCUGCUGGAGGUGGUUGGCUUGGAAGGAGCCAUGGAGAUGGGACAGAUAUACACAGGCCUGAAAAGUGCUGGCCGACGACUGGCUCAGUGCUCCUGCGUGGUCAUCAGGACUAGCAAGUCUCUGCCGAUGCAAAUUGAUGGGGAGCCAUGGAUGCAGACCCCGUGCACAAUAAAAAUUACACACAAGAACCAAGCCCCAAUGCUGAUGGGCCCUCCUCCAAAAACCGGGUUAUUCUGCUCCCUCGUCAAAAGGACAAGAAACCGAAGCAAGGAAUAAUCCUGUCUUGUUUCAUUCUUAGAAAUUGAAUUAGCAUAAUUGGGCCCUGGAACACAUAUGCUGGAAGUCUUUGAACCAUUUCAAGUCUCCUGCUCAUGCAAAAUCAUGGAAUUGGUUUAACAGUUUUUGUUACUGAGCUAAUGUAAAAUGCAGCUAUUAGAAAAUUUAUUGUCUCCAUUUUUAUAGGCAUCUUUGCAUGAAGAAAGCAGAAGUUUACAUGAAGUGAAACUGCGUAUUUUGGUUGCAUGCAUUCCCACAGAUUUUUACGUCUCCCACCCACCUCUUCUCCAAUUUCCAUUUACUAACCUGUGAGAAAAACCUGUGAAACAUGAAAAAGGAAAUACCAUGGGAAAUGUGAUGCUCAGUAUGAUUCUAAUUAUUACUAUGUACUAAUCAGUAACACUACAAUGAUCAUAAUUGCAGAUUGCUAUAUGUUUCCCUUUUAGAAUCAGUGUAUCAGUGACCUAUGACUGGAGGAGAAACUUUUAAUUCAAAGGUUUUAUUAAAUAGUUGACUACAAUAUCUUGCUAUUUAUACCUAGUUUUUCUUCAACAACUUAACUCAGAGGAGUGGAAAUAAAAAUAUCAGGUAUAAAGUUUUCUCGUGCUGAAAAUAGUUUUAAUUUGCUUAGUUUUCUUCUUAAUUCCAGAAAUAAGUGAAAACAUAUUACUUGACAGUAAAGUGUGGUAAUAUGGCAAGCCUUGUUCCUUUCUGCAUGAGAAUCUAGGAGAGAAUUCAUAACCAUACCAACAACCAAAUAGAUGUUUUAAACGAUGUGCCUAAUCAAUGUGUUUCCCACCAAAGAUUUAGAAAUAGAUGCUUGAGAGAAAUUGGUUAAUGCAUAAUUAAUUAAGCAUGGUGGAGCAAAUUUGUGGUUCCUGUGAUUCAUUUUCUGAUGACUAAAAUGCUGGAAAGAGAGUGAGUUACCCAUUCAUUAUGAUUAAAAUUCUCACUUUCACAGACAGACAGUAGACCAGACAACAUAAUCAAAGCUCCAUAAAUGAUUUCUUGCUUUUUUCAGUCAUUUAUAAAUAUAGAUGUAAUUUUUCAUGAAUCAGUUAAGUACACUUGAAGGAAGUAAAUGAUUGUAUCAGUUUCUUUCUAGUAGAAAGUGGUACCUGUAACAAUAUUGAGCUCUUGGAAGCGAAUCAUGCAUGCAGUCAGCUCCCUCCUCCUCACCUACUCCACUCUAUGACAUUUCAAAUGUUUACAUGGAAACAGCAGCCUAGAUCACUGUUGAAGGUGUUCACGGCAUGGUUGGAUUCUCUGAUUGUUUAAAGAAAUCAUGGAACGGUACUUUUCUUUUAGUGUUUCAUUAAGCCUAAGAUAUAAAAUGAAAUGCUUCUCAACAGUCUUGGAACCUUGUUCAUUCAUAUUGACCUGCAUCUCAUCAUUGCAUGUUUUAUGUUUUCAAACAUGCCAUAAGGAAAAUGAGUGCUUGAACUGCAUGAUUUAUUAGUUUCUCUCCACUCUGCAUUAAAGUGCUAAUGAUUUAUCAGUUCUAUUCUGUUAUUGAUUCAUUCAUUUUUGAAUAACAAAUAGCAUUUAGUGAUUCUGUUGAACAAAAUCCCAUGCAUGGAUUUAUGGAUUUCAAGUGAAAUUGCUAUAAUUUUAGUUCUGUGGUUUGAAAACUCAACUGAAUGCUGUUCUAUCAAAUAGCUACUCUCAAGCAAUGUGCUAUAAUGGAAGAUUAUGUACAAAGUAUAUUCUUUUAGUGUUCCUGGAACAUUGGAUGGUAAAUAUCAACCAACAAUAAGCUUAAUUACUUUAAAAAUAAAGCUUCUGAAUAAAAUUAAGACAUAAUUUAGCAUUCCCAGGAAAAUUAUGAUUACAAUUGCAAAUUUAGUACAGCAAUCACUUGUCCUGGUAUAAUAAAAAAUAAAAAAGUUGUUUGGCAGAACAGUAAUCUAGACCAAAAGAAAUCUCACAACAGUAACAAGUGCAUUACUGCCACAAUGUUACAUAACACACACAUUGAUUUUUGUAUCUAUGGUUACAGGUAAUAAAUAUUUUCACAUGAAUUGACAAAAUUUUCUACAAUGGGCAGGCAGGCUUUGUGUCAAAAAUACAUUUUGAAGCCACAAAUUAUUUUAUGUUCGCUACAACACACAAUUACUUCUUGGCUACCUUUUAUAGUAUAUCGUUUGAAGGCUGCAACAGUUUGUGAAUCAUUCUUAACAAUCUGUGCAGUAGAAACUGUUGGAUAGACAGUGGGAUGAGACAAAUUAAACAACCUGCCUGUAAGACUUCAAUAACUGAAAUAAUGGGAUGCAGCCCCACUCCAACAUAGCUGUAUGACUACAAUUAGUGCUAAUAGUGGUUACAUUUUCAGUCAGUUGGAUUCUUUGGUACCAAUAAUAAACGUUCAAAUAUGAAUCCAAUUUGACUUUUCUCAACUCAUUUUCUAAAGACACUGAUGUGCUUGCCCCUUCAAGUAUACGACCCCUGGGGUUUGGAAAGUAGUUUUAAAAAAUGUAACUUGAUGGGUUCGAAAUCAGAGAAGAUAUUCCCCCCAGUUUUAUCACAGCUUCAUAUGAAAAACAUAUAGUUUAAGGAAAACUCUGAACUGAAACUCUAUAAUAUAAAAUAUUGAAUGACGAUGUUACCUUUACAAGAUGAAAACUUCUACAUGUGUGGAUGAAUUCUGAGCUACUGAGUUGUGCUCUUUUAAUAUAGAAGACAUAGCUGUAUAAAGUUUUAAGUGGAUGAAAGUCUUAAAGGUAAAUCAGUGCUGGAUUUAACAGUACUCAGAAGCAAAGGGGGAAAAACAAACAUGCAUUCUGCUAAAUAUUGCCAUAUGCUGCAUCGAUGAGAUUCCAGAGAGAGAUUCCAGAGAAAACCUCGACAUCCACACUUCUAACCAAAUAGUAAAGGAGGCAUCUACAUUGAACCAGAAAGUUUAAAAGACAGAAACCCAGUCUCUACUAAAAAUACAAAAACUAGCUGGGC